AUGACGUAAGGCCGUCGGCCUGAGGUAAACAACGGUAGAGCGGAGGCUAGUGACUAUCAAGUUAGUUUUCACGGAUCUGAAGAAAUGGCAAAGAAAGCGAAGGACUCAGUGGAUGUGUGGCUGUAACUCCUCUUACACUAAUCAGAUAGUACGUAUCUUUAAUCUGAAAUAAGGUCCAUCCCUAGAUCCCUGGAUCCGUCUCAGCCAUGUCGUCACGUGUGUUGCUGCGGCAGCAGCUGAUGCGGGAACAAGCCCAGGAGCAGGAGAGACGCGAGGCUCUUGCUCAGCAACAACAGGCAUCUGCCUCUCAGCUUCGGGCCACCAACUCGACUCCAGCUAUCUCUGUCACUCUGCCACCUAAUGCUGCCCGGCCCCCUCCAGCACAGGUGCCCGUGGAGGUGCUGAAAGUGCAGACCCAUUUGGAGAACCCCACCAAGUACCACAUCCAGCAGGCACAGAGGCAGCAGGUGAAGCAGUACCUCUCCACCACUCUGGGAAACAAGGCGAUUCCUCAGACCUUGUCUCUGUCCCCCGCCCCCCAGUCCAGUUCUGCCCCAGAAGUGGCCCCUACUGCCAGCAGCGCCCCUAAUAGUCCUAUGGCGCUGCUCAACAUCGGCUCCAACAAGGAAGAAAUUGACGAUGUGAUCGAUGACAUUAUUAGCCUUGAAUCCAGUUUUAAUGACGACAUCAUUACGUUGAUAGACUCAGGUCUUCAGCUGCCUAGCACGCUCCCAGGAAACCUCUUGGAUGUGUACCAUAGCCCGGGAAUGGCAGCGCCUACUCUUACUGUCAGCAACUCCUGCCCUGCUGAUCUUCCAAAAAUUAAAAGGGAAAUUACUGAUUCAGAUGCCAAAGCAAUAAUGAAAGAAAGGCAGAAGAAAGACAAUCAUAACCUCAUUGAGAGGAGGCGUCGAUUCAACAUCAAUGACCGCAUAAAGGAGUUGGGCGCUUUGAUACCGAAGUCAUCAGACCCAGAGAUGCGCUGGAAUAAAGGUACCAUUCUCAAGGCUUCUGUAGACUACAUCAGGAAAUUGCAGAAGGAGCAGCAGAGAGCCAAGGAUGUUGAGAUGAGGCAGAAGAAGCUGGAGCAAGCCAACCACUCCUUAAUGUUACGCAUCCAGGAACUGGAAAUGCAGGCACGGCUUCACGGACUCUCAAACUCCAACAGCGUCUCUGCUCUGAGCUCCGACCCUUCUCUGCUCCAGCAGCAGUCCACAGUUCCACAGAGCAGCCAGUCUCUGGCUCCCAACACAGGAGGAGCCUCCAACCAGAACCUCCUCGGUCCGGCAGCAAUUGGACAACCUUUGCCUGCCUCCUUCCUGUCCCCACCCUCCUCAGACUCUCCCGCCGGACUCACCAUAAGUAGUCCGCUGGACCUGGGCAGCCUGAGCUUCGCUGAGCUCGAUGACCCCCCGGCCUCCGCCCUCUACUCCGAUAUGGGUUUGGGAGACAUACUUAUGGAUGACGGGUGCACUCUGUCUCCAGAGAGGAUUGGCGAGCCACUGUUUUCUCCUUUGUCACCGGGUGCCUCUAAAACCAGCAGUCGCAGGAGCAGCCUUGAGAUGGACGAGGACUUGUGAUGAUUUGCGUGUGGUCAGAGACUCAGUAGGGACAAGAAUGUCAGGAAGUGCAGUUUAUCCUUAAACAACUAUGGCCUAUUUAUAGAACUGCACAACUGAACUUUAAAAAGUCAAAUUUAACUAUAAUUAUGAACAAAACUAACACCAGAAGACAGCAAAUUUUAAUUUUUCUUUGUUUGUUUGUUUGUUUUUUGCUACACAAAUUCAUUAUAAUUGUUCCUGUUUGGAGCCAGUCAGACAUCAGAUGAUUAUGUCUGAGUUUCUGAAUGCAAUCUUAGUAUAAAAUGCAAUAUUGUACAAUAGGGGCAUGGACCUAGCAUUAAGAAAUGAUACAUUCUUAAAUAGUUGUUAAGAUUUCUUCAGAGAUUUUAAGAGGGAUAUAAGGUUUGCUUGAAUUUAUUAUAUGCAUAUUUGUAGGGAAGAAAGCUGUGAGGUUUCUUUUUCGUGACAGGACAUGUUUGGCACAACUAACUUGUCAAGAAAUGCCAAUAUAUAGCAUAUAUUUCAUGCGUGUGUGUUUUUGUUUUUUGUUUUUCUUCAGACUGACUGGAAUCAGGGUUUGUUAAAAGCAGUUGCAUACUCAUGCGUGUUGGGUUGUAUCACCAGCAACUACAGAAGGGAUCUCUGUAAAAAAGUGAAUUGGCACAUUGUGUAGUAGUUACAGCACAUUGUAAAUAAGAGUCUUUUAUUUUGAGCAAGUUCUUUGCACCUUAUUUUAUGGCAGUCUAUGCAUUUUAAGAAAGCUUGUGUCUGUUUUUAUUACUACUACAUACAGCGGACAACUAAGGCCCAGGUCGCAUGUAUUUGUAAUAAAACCUUAAAGGCGGUGAAAAAACGUCACAUGCUGCUGCAGCUAGUUAGCCAAAGCAGGAUUUCUUCCAGAGUAGCUACAAAUUACAAAUCAGCAUUUUUACA